UCAGCCUCCUGGAAGUGGUGAUGUGGAAGUUGUCAGCCUCGCCAAGGGAAAAUAUCGGCCGCCGUAAUCUUUAACGAGAAUACUUUCAACGCAGCCGCGUCGAUUCGCGUCGGACACAGGAAACCGUUGACAAGUAACACUUUGGCAGCGAUACGCCUCACGACCUCUAAUACACAACAUACCAUCUCUAUCUUGUGCAGCUUUCAAUAUGUCCGCCGCGCAGCUUCUCAACCCGAAGGCAGAGUCAAGGGUCCGUCCUCCCAGUACUACCAGAGAAAAUAUUUACUGACCCUAGCCAGAGAAGAGGAGAAGCUCUGAAAGUCAAUAUAAGUGCUGGUGAAGGUCUGCAAGAUGUUUUGAAAUCGAAUCUGGGUCCUUUAGGGACGAUAAAGAUGUUCGUUUCCUCAGAGAUUCAUGUGUGGCCAUAGCUAACAGCUUCCAGGCUUGUUGAUGGUGCUGGCGCGGUACGAAAGAGCUCCCAAGAAUUUACCCCUUCCUUCUACUGAUAUCAUAUCCGCAGAUAAAACUGACCAAAGAUGGAAAUGUUCUUCUGCGAGAGAUGCAGAUUCAAAACCCUACGGCAGUCAUGAUCGCAAGAGCAGCUACGGCCCAAGACGACAUCUGUGGCGAUGGCACAACCAGUGUGGUUUUGUUGGUUGGUGAACUGCUGAAACAGGCGGAUAGAUAUAUCUCAGAAGGUUUACAUCCUCGGAUCAUUACCGACGGCUACGAGAUUGCGAAGACGGAGUCCUUAAAGUUCCUGGACAGCUUCAAAUUGGAACGUGAAGUUGAUCGCGAACUCCUGCUAUGUGUUGCGCGCACAUCCCUCUCUACCAAGCUCAACCACACACUUGCUGAAAAGCUUACCCCUGAUAUUGUCGAUGCUGUUCUGGCUAUCUACCAAGCCCCAGCAAAGCCCGAUUUACAUAUGAUCGAGAUCAUGAAGAUGCAACACAGAACAGCCUCAGAAACCCAGCUCAUCCGAGGUCUUGCAUUGGACCAUGGCGCAAGACAUCCUGAUAUGCCAAAAAGGGUCGAAAAUGCAUUCAUUCUGAGUUUGAAUGUGAGCUUAGAGUAUGAGAAGUCUGAAAUUAACUCGGGGUUCUACUAUUCAAGCGCGGAGCAACGGGACAAGCUAGUUGAAAGUGAACGUCGAUUUGUGGAUGAGAAGCUUCGAAAGAUUGUUGAAUUGAAGAAGGAGGUUUGUGGUAACGACCCAAAGAAGGGUUUCGUUAUCAUCAACCAGAAAGGAAUCGACCCCUUGUCUCUUGAUGUUCUCGUCAAGAAUGGCAUAUUUGCUCUGAGACGAGCCAAGAGACGUAACAUGGAGAGAUUGCAGCUGAUCUGUGGAGGUACUGCUCAGAACAGUGUCGACGAUCUGUCUCCGGAGGUGUUGGGAUGGGCAGGAAAUGUUUACGAGCACCAACUCGGUGAAGAGAAGUACACAUUCAUCGAGGAUGUGAAGGACCCGAAAUCGGUGACGAUUCUCAUCAAAGGCCCAAAUCAACAUACCAUCACUCAGAUUUCCGACGCCGUUCGAGAUGGUCUUCGCAGUGUUUACAACAUGAUUGUGGAUAAGAGUGUUGUUCCGGGUGCGGGAGCUUUCCAAGUAGCAUUGGCAGCCCACUUGAACAGUGAGGCUUUCCGCAAGACUGUCAAGGGUAAGGCGAAGUGGGGCGUGCAGGCGUUCGCCGACGCUAUGCUGAUCAUCCCCAAGACACUUGCUGCAAAUGCUGGUCACGACACUCAGGACGCACUCGCCAGCUUACAAGAUGAGCAAGCAGAAGGAAACAUCGUUGGACUAGAUUUGACUUCAGGCGAACCAAUGGAUCCGGUUCUUGAAGGAGUGUACGAUUCAUUCCGUGUUCUCAGAAAUGCAAUGGCGUCCAGUUCCGGAAUCGCAUCCAACCUUCUUCUAUGCGACGAGAUGCUCAAAGCUAGACAGAUGGGCAGACAAGGUGGGCCUGGACCAGGAAUGGACGACUAGUGGAGAUCAGAGUGGUCGUUCUUAGAUGGGACAUCUGUCAUGAAAAAUGUUUCUCUUGGCGCAUUUCCAUAUAACAUUGCAGAUGUACAGUACCGCACUUAUCCAUUUGGCAAAACCAUCAGAGGCGUUUGUUUGUAUUGGACGAUAGAUAGCGUCCGAGGUCCUAGUAAAGAUCAGAUGGGAUAACCUGUGGCUCAUUACCAGAUAGUAAUACAUGUACUUCGGUGCCCAUUCCGCCAAGCAAGGUCUGGACUGGCUACUGCGGCUUUCAUGGGCAGGCGGCAUCCCAAGAUCCUUUCCAAUAUUUAUCCGCUCCAGUAGCACAACUUGCCUAAAUGGUACUUAUAAGGCUUCGCUGCUAGAGCAAGCCGCCAAGUGUAAGUAAUGUAGCAGUGCCUUGUGGGAGCUGCGACAGCGUUUGUGGAGAAACGGUGGAAAAUAGACCUAUCUAGGUAGGUCUCUCCAAUCCCGUCUCAACAUGCAUAAGUUGUAGCAGCCAUGGCUGGGUACUGACUCCUGAGAAACCCUGUUUCGGACAGAGCGCAGAGCACAAAUGGGGGGCAUCAGAUUCAUUUGAGCAUCUUGUAGCUCAUCCAGGUACCAUAGGCGCAGCGCAGACUGAACUGGUAUAAUGAAAUGAUUAACAUAAGCUGGUAUACAUAUUGAUGCAUAUCGGUGCGUAUCGGUGCGU